CGCGGUCUUUGCAUAGAGGCAUAGGUAGGCAACCGCCUUGGGCCCCGCCAUCUGUAGGGCCCCCCCUGACUGGGAGCUGUAAACUUCCCAUAGGCCUACAGCUGGUAAUUGUGGCCCUUUGCACAGUAAUUCACAAAUAAAUGGCGAUUUUUAUAAAUGGUGAUUUUUGUAUGUUUAAAUUGGAAACAAGAACAACAAAAUAAAUUACAAAGAAAUACAGAUUCCGUGCACACCCCCUCUAUUUCGCGUUAAAAUGGAAUAUUCCAUCCAUGCAUGCCAUGUGCGCUAGACGACAGUUCAAAAACAUUCGCUAUGUUCUCACACAACAUGCCUGCGCAUGUAUGCGCAACUCAAAUGAGCACAGUGCGAAAGGACGCAUUGUGAUUGAGCAGUGCUGCGCACAUAUGCGCAAUGGGUGCUACCGCGAACGCGCUCCUUGUGAAAGACGGAAGCGAGGUGAAAUGAAGUGUUGUGACUCGUGAGCAAAGCCGUGAACUUCUAGAAUAUUUAGCAACAUGAAGCGCCACUACCCAAGUGGCGCUACAAAAAGGAAAACAAAGGGAGAGGCUAAAUUAAAAACAGAGUUUCUUCGAAAACUGACAAGCUUUUUUAAAAGCGUGACAACACCGACCCGAAUGUUUUGGUGGAGGAGGAGGUGCCGCAGGCUCCGGCUGUUGAUCCAACAGCAGGAGGAGAGGAGCUUAACCCAUCGUGCUUGUGCACUGAUGACAACAGCAAAGAUGAGGAAAAUGCCGUGGAGGAUGCGGUGAGUAGGCCUACUGCUGCCGUUUCUGAUUCUGACCACCCAGAAGAAAGUGAUGCUCUUGGUGAUGACCCGGGGUUGUGGCCCACAGUAGUCAAUGACAGAGAACGGUGCGAAUUGGUUAAAAGAGGGCCUGUGCAGCAACAAUCAGAAUUCCCCAAAAAUGCAAAGGGUCGGCGGUUCACAACUGCGAACUACCAUGCAGAUGAAAAAUGGAGAAAGGAUAAGUAGGACGUGGCUAGUGUACAGCAAGGCUAAGGACGCAGCCAAAUGUUUUUGUUGCCAACUUUUUGGCAAGGGAGAUACACAGCUUAGCUCCACCAACGGUUUUAAUCACUGGAAUAAUCUCCAGGUUCACCUCAAGCAGCACUAGAGGUCUGCUGCACAUGUGAAGAAUAUGGGUGCCUGGCACACACUAAAUGAACGCCUUCAAAGUGGCUCAGCUAUAGAUCAGGAGGCACAGAAUCUCAUGACAGCUGAAGUCAUUAGAUGCAGAGAAGUGAUGAAAAGAUUGCUUGCAAUUGUUUGCCAUCUUGCUCAGUAUAAUCUGGCAUUUAGAGGGCACAGGGAGAAGUUAUUCGAGCAUGGGAAUGGAAAUUUCCUGGGGCAAGUACAGUUAAUGGCCAAAUUUGACCCUGUGAUGAAGGAGCAUCUCUGGAAACUGAAAGCGAAACAGAUUGCUGAUACCUACCUGAGCAAACGCAUACAGAAUGAAUUGAUAUGCCUUGUCGCCCAGUGCACCACUGAUGCCUUAGUGGAGCGUGUGAGGAGGGCCAAAUACUAUGCAGUCAUCAUGGACUGCACUCCAGAUGUAAGCCACAAUGAGCAGCUAUCAGUGCUGCUGCGAAUUGUCAACUGUGAGCUCACAAAGGGAGUUUCUAUCCAUGAGCACUUCAUGGGAUUUCUUGUGGCAGAUGACACCACUGGCCAAGGUCUUCUGCAGCUGUUUCUAGGACACCUGGAAAGAUUGGGGUUGGACCUCUCCAACUGCAGAGGCCAGUCUUACGAUAAUGGCAGUAACAUGCAAGGCAAAACACAGGGUGUCCAGGCGAGGAUGUUGGAACUCAACCCCAAAGCACUGUGUGUGCCAUGUGGCAGCCACACCUUAAACUUGGUGGUGGGGGAUGCUGCAAAGUCCUCAACCAUUUCUCUGGGAUACUUUGGCACACUACAAAGGCUGUACACUUUGUUUAGUGGCUCUGUUCAGCGUUGGACCAUCCUUCAGGAGCAUGUGAAAGCUUUCUCAGUCAAGGCCUUGUCCACUACAAGAUGGGAGUGCCGGGUGGAUGCUGUCAAGGCUGUGCGCUACCAACUCCCAGAGAUCGUUGAUGCGUUGACAGCUGUGCACAAGCAUGCAACAUUGAAGAAAGAUCCAGAAUGCGCCUCCACUGCUGACAGCCUCAAGGAGAACAUGAUGAAGUGGUCAUUCAUGAUUUCUACAGAUGUACACAUCCCCGACCCUGAUGCAUGAAAACCGGUGCCCCACACACAUACACACACACACACACACACACACACACACACACUACUCAAUCUCUCCUCAUUCAGUCACAUACCCUUUCUCUCUCUCUCUUUCACUCCCACAUAUGUUCCCUCUCAUACACAUGCAUUCUCACUCACUCACUCACACACACACACACACACACACACACACACACACACACACACACACACACACACACACACACACACACCUCUCUCUCACAUACUCAUUCUCUCUCUUUCUCUCACACAUGCACGUACACAAACUUUGCCUAUUUCCUUUUUUAACUAAUUUUGUUCAAUAAAUACUUCGCAUUUUGACAUAC